GUUGCCAGAGACUUUAAAGAAGAGUUGGAUCUAUUUGCUGCACAACUUCUGCCAGAACUAAGACACUUAGAAGCUACAAUAUCAGAAAAAAGAACCAUGACAUUGGUUUUGUCCGUUGUAUGCUGCAGAGCCAUGGAGCUGUUUGAACCGAUGGCAACCAUUGCUAAGACACUGGUUUCUCAACCUGACCAUUUGAUGCCAUUGCCAGACCAGACUGUUAAUCUGCCAAAUUCCAGGCUCUCUGUAGGUGGUGAGUGCAUUGAAGAAGAGGAUCUUAAAACACUGGAUUAUGGACAAUGGCUGAAUGAUAAGAUAGAAAAUGCAUUUCUUGGAUUGCUCAAAACACAAAUGAAUGUAACUGACAUAUUUGUGUUCCCAUCUUACACAGCGGUAUUGUGGGAGAAUGGCAACCUUGGCCAUUGGCUAUUUAAAAAGGGACAGUUUCUGAAGUUCAAGCAUCUUAUCUUACCAAUAAAUGUCAAUGGUAAUCAUUAG